AUGAAUGCAUUCCUGCAAGCCGCGGACACACAAGCUGCACAUCGUUCCGAGGAGCUAUCAAAAUCAGCACAACCGGAACCCAAGCCUCACGUGGAGUUUAGACCAGAGACUGCAUCAGCGUCAUCAGCGCCGCCUCCCGUCAAUCGUGCUGCCAAACCUAAGGUUCCGGUAAAGCCCAUACUUUUGGUUAAGAAGACUGGCAACAACCCAGCUGCUCCAGAACUGAGUGCAGAGCUAUCAGACCGAAGUGCGUCGCCCUUCAGCACGCCGCCUAGCAGCGGUGGUAGCUCGCCGGCGAUCACGCAAGAUGCUCAGGCGAAAGGUACGCGUGCCAGGAACGAGUCAAAUGCAUCCGCAGUGCAUCGAGUGCGGCAAGAUUCUGAUGCUUCGUGGGUCACAAGGCUACGAGGAGAUUCAGACUCAUCGUUUGCGGAACGGCGAGUCAGUCCACCAAAGACACGAUCGGGGAGGACUAGUCCGUUGAAAUCUCAUAUGCUGCCACCGAAACGAUCUGUAGAUGGAUUGCAGCGAGCAUCAGUGGACCUGGAAUCUGGACCACGAAUACCUGCUGUGCAUAAGGUGAACACCAGGUCUGCACUGACACAAGGCUUCGACAGGAAGGGCUCUAUCGCUUCUUCCACGGUAUCUCCAAUUGUAACAACUCCAAUUCAACCUCCAGCAUUACCAGCACCUCGGAGAUCCGCAGACCGUCGGCGGGAACCACCGCCACCUCCAUCUUCAAGCAUACCAACGACACCAAGUACCAAUGGCAUGACACGUCAAUCUAGGGAUGAUUACGAGGACUUCCUGCCACAAUCGCUGAGUCGCGAAGGUACAGGUUUGAAUGACUUCCCAGAUGGGACGAAAUCGAAUCGAAGAGCGCCAAAGUUCAAGCAGCGGCCUUGGCAAAUACCUACUGAGUAUGACACCCGAUUGUUUGCUGUCUGUGGCGAGUAUGUAUGUACGACUGGCUACAUUACGAAAGCGUGGAAUUUCCGCACGGGUGAGCAAUUGCUUAACAUGGAGCAUCGCGAAAACAUAAAAAUCACAUCAGUAGUUUUCAAGCCGUCACCAGAUGUCGAAGAUGAGGGCAAACGUAUCUGGCUUGGCACUAAUGCCGGAGACAUACACGAAGUGGACAUUCCUUCGCAGAGCCUGGUCAAGACCAAGUCAAAUGUGCACAACAGGCGAGAAGUUGUUCGCAUGUUCCGUUAUGCGUCGGAACUCUGGACACUCGACGAUGGUGGCGAGCUUUACGUCUGGAAGCCUGAUCACAAAGGCAUGCCCAGUCUGGACUCGCAACAUAACAACUGGCGUGUCCCGAAAGGCCACUCCUUCUCGAUGGCUGCUGGUCACCAGUUGUGGUUCGCAACAGGGAAGGAGAUCAGAGUUUUCAUGCCAGGCGCGAAUUCGGACACGGAGUUUCAGCUCACACGGACUCCGCUCUCACAGUCUGGCACAGGCGACGUCACGUCGGGCGCGACCGUAAAUCAUCAACAAGAUCUGAUCUACUUCGGUCACUCUGAUGGCAAAUGCAGCAUAUACAACCGCCGAGACUUCUCCUGCCAAGCCAUUGUUAAUGUCAGUGUCUACCGGAUAAGCUCUCUCGCGGGCGUUGGCGAGUAUCUGUGGGCUGGUUACAGCACUGGCAUGGCAUAUGUUUACGAUACGUCGACUACACCCUGGACUGUGAAGAAGGAUUGGAAAGCCCACGAGAAGCAAAUUUGUAGCAUCAUCGCUGAUCCGUCUGCCAUGUGGAAGAUGGGGCGUCUCAAUGUUAUCACGCUCGGUCUUGAUAACUUGCUCAAGAUCUGGGAUGGUAUGCUACAAGACGACUGGCUAGAGGCACGGAUGAGUGCAAGAGACUCGGACUACUGCGCCUUCCGUGAGCUGACUGCAGCGGUCAUGACCUGGAAUGCAGGCGCAGCGAAACCCUCCUACUUACAGCACAGUCGCGAAGACAGCAACUUUCUCAGAGAAUAUCUGACAUCGCGCAAGUCGCCCGACUUCUUCAUUUUUGGCUUUCAGGAACUGGUCGAUCUUGAAGACAAGAAAGUCACAGCAAAAUCCUUCUUCAAGAAGAGCAAGAAAGAGCCGGACGAGCAACAGCACAUGUCUCAUCAAUAUCGGGCGUGGCGAGACCAUCUCGGGAAGUGCAUCGAUGACUACAUGCCCACUGACCAGACCUAUACCUUGCUUCAUACUGCCAGUAUGGUCGGCUUGUUCACAUGCGUGUUCGUGAAAUCCGCUGAACGGAGUCGCAUUCGAUAUGUGCACACCGCAGAAGUCAAGCGUGGUAUGGGAGGUAUGCACGGCAACAAGGGUGCGAUCAUUGUCAGAAUGGUGCUUGACGAUAGCAGCCUGUGUUUCAUCAAUUGCCAUUUGGCAGCCGGACAGACACAAACGAUGCAUCGAAACAAUGACAUCGCCGAGAUCCUUGAAGCCAAUGCGCUGCCGUCAUAUCCACUGAAUGAUAGCGAAGUCGCGACACACACAGACGUCUUCGCAGCAGGAGGUGAUGGCAGCAUGAUUAUGGACCAUGAAAUUUGCAUCCUCAACGGCGACCUGAACUACCGUAUCGACACGAUGGGCCGGGACAGCGUGAUCAAACAUAUCCAACAAGGCAAUCUCGCCAGACUGUUGGAACGAGACCAACUCCUCUUGAGCCGAAGGAAGAACCCUGGGUUCCGCUUACGAGCAUUUAUCGAAUCGCCCAUCAACUUUGCGCCUACUUACAAGUAUAAUGUGCAUACUGAUGAGUACGACACUUCCGAGAAGCGCAGGUCGCCGGCUUGGUGUGACCGGAUCUUAUAUCGUGGUGUUGGGAAGGUCAAGAUGGACGAGUAUCGAAGGUGGGAUCAAAUCAGAGUAUCAGAUCAUCGACCAGUUAGUGGACACUUUCGAUUGCGAGUCAAGUCGGUGGACCCAGAUAAAAGGGAGAUGGUGUGGGACAAAUGUGAAAAGGAGUUUGAGAGUGUGCGGCAGAGAAUAGCGAGGGCAGCACAGCUCGAAUACCUCACAAAUGUUCUGGGUCUUAGCAAUAAAGAAGCUGUAGCUGCUCUGCAGGGCGCUUCAUGA